AUGGCCUCAACGCUACAUCGGCGUCAACCUCCUUCCUACGAUAUAUUCCCCCCUGGCCGAUUCCAUCUCAAAUCCUCUAUCAUUUGCCUCUCGCAUCAAAGUGCCGCAUCCGAUUAUCUUGUUCAUCCCUACCAUGAACCGACCAGCGCUUUCUAUUCGCCAUGGCCCUCCUCAUCUGUGCGGACAGAAGCCGAAGAGCAUUUACUGACUAUUUCUGUUCCUUCCGCAGGUUCUCCGAAUCCCACCGAAGAGACAAGCGCCGCAGGCAAUCAUCUUGAUGAUUUCUUCGUAAAGCCGACAACCCCCCUCCCCCUACCCCACGCACGGCAUCCUACUACCGCAGUAGCUUUAUAUACACCCUCGAUUCGCGGCACAACAGUCGCGGGAAUGCCUUACACACCACCCACCCACCGCUCUCCCGCAUCCUCCCAACCCUCAUCUCCCGAUGCUAGCCGCAGGUCGUCGAUAGCAAGCGGGGGCACGCGGCCGACACUCCCACGGUCGGCAUCCUAUCUGAGCAGGCAUCGUCGUACUCCAUCGGCCCCUGCUGGACAAAAUGGACACCCGACUCCAGAGUCAACAUCAGAGGACCUCAAGGCAAUGCUGGCAGGCAGCGUCAGGAAGUCACCACCGCCAGUGACAGAUGGACUUGGGAUGCCCAACGGCGCAAUCCUUUCGCCUCCGGAAUCGACGGCCAGUAGCGAUGACGACGAGACACCCGAGGUCCGGGGAAGGACGCUGGAGAACCUCAAGGAGCUUCAGGCUGCCAUUAGCCAGAUCCCACAGCACCGCGAGAGCUCACCAUCAAAAUGCAAACCAGCCAAUGUCACGGUGAUCAUUCCCCCUGCUCAUCAGCCUGAAAGUAACCAGGGAUUCCACCACAGCUUUAGCACGGGCUCACUGGAGAAGCUGGGCAAGAGGAACUCUCACUCUCGAUCAAAGACCGAAUCCAGUUUGCAAUUGCCGGCAGACAACUCCACGACUGCUUCAGAAGUGGACUCUGAAGAGGAGCUUCUGCUUAAGAAGCCGCAGAUGGUCAGGAAGAAAUCCGGAGAACUUGUGCGACCGGCUCUUCGCCCUUCUUCCCGAAGGCGCCCUUCCAGCAUGCCAGGCACGCCCACAUUCUCCAAGGCGGUGCAUUUCGACUCGCACUUGGAGCAUGUGCGACACUUCUUGCAGGUUGACCGGCCCCUUGCCGUCAGCGCUGGGUCGUCACCUGCCGAUACUUACAACAGCGACAGCGAAUUCCCAUUCAACGCUAGUGAGGAACGGUCAGGCACCAGGUCUCCGCCCUAUGAGUGGGAAAUUAUCGUUACGAAUUUCCCCGUAGAGACCGCUGCCAGAAAGGCGUUGCCUCUGAGGCUGGAGCGUGUCUGGCUCUCGUCCGACCAGAAGAGUCUGGUUGGAUCUGUUGCCGUUGCCAACCUGGCGUUCCAGAAGCACGUCACCUGUCGAUUCACUUUCGACUACUGGAAGACGACUUCCGAGGUAGCUGCUGAAUUCUCUACCGAGAUCCGCCCCAAGGAGAGCGAUUUGGGCCACGACAGGUUCACCUUCAGCAUCAAGCUCUCUGAGCUUGCCAACUUGGAGUCCAAGACUCUGUAUUUCUGUGUCCGGUACAACGUCAAUGGCCAGGAAUACUGGGACAGCAACGGAGGUGCGAACUUCCAAGUCGACUUCCGAAAGAAGAUGCUUCCCCAGAUGGGCAAGCGUGGCUACCAAGGUGCCUCGACUCGGUCGAUUGGUGAGCUUCCUCGUAGCAAUCGCCGCAGCAACUCCUCGCUGGCUCCCCGACCCAAGUCAAUGCCAAUUAGCAACGAGUUUGGCGAGAAUGGUGCCUUCGACAAAUCACUCCAAGAUUAUCUUGGUGACGAUGCUGGCCCUCUCCGCCUCAAAGGUGUCAAAUCGACGACCAGCCUUCCCAGCGAUAAUCUCACCGGCCGGCUAUCCGCGCCAAGCGGGCAGGCUUUUGCCAACCGGUAUGAUUUUGGUGCAUCACUGAGCACCGCCAUCCAAGCCGCCAAGCAAACUUCACCUCGUCCCAAGGGUGAUGGUUUGUAUAUGAAGAGCAACACCCGAGGCAGCAUCAAACCGGCACCCAGACCGACUUUCGUCUCUGUCCCUACGGGCACCAACACAAUCGGUGCCUCGCAGCCAUCGACGCCGGGUCCUUUGCCCAAGAAGGAGCCUGCGCAGGCCACUAACGAGCAAACAUCAUCGGCCUAUCCGGCAUCGCAAACAACCGCCCCGAUCUUGGCAUCCUCCUCAUACGAGGAAUUAGUCAACAAGUACUGCUUUUUUGGCUCUAAGCAAUCGAGCCCUCAGCUCAACGACGGCACCUUGAAGGGCGGGCGCUUGGAUGGUACUGGAGACGACUACUUGGCACGAUCGGCUCAGAGCUCCAACGAGUCUAGCUUGGUCUCGAGCCCGCUUCAAAUGGCCAGUUUUAACCGAAACCAUGCCAUCAAAGCGCCUCAGAAUGCCACCCGACGCGACCCCAACCCGUAUUUUCCCAGCAUGACCACCUUCGCUCUUGGCCCUUCCCCGGCGAUGUCACCUCUGCAGCAAUCGAUCGAACGCAGCCCUUCGCCUUCUCAAAACCACGCCCGGUCAUCGGUUCAAACAAAGCUGUCCAGCAGGUCGACGUCGCCGGCAUCCAUGGCGGGAGGGUACCCUCAGUCCAUGACCGGUACGUCGUCGCAUAGCAUGCAGUACCACCAGCAUUUCCACGAUCGGUUCCCAUUUGGCGGUGCGGAAACUCACGCUGCGACAGCGAUUAGGGGUUGA